AUGACAGGUGAAUAAAGCCAAGCAAGCACAAUUUUUUCAUUUGACAAAAUUUAAAGGGUUUGUGGAUAAUAUAAUACUACACCAAUCACAAUCAAACGUGAAGAUCACUACCAUACAUACACACAUUAUAUUAUUAGUGCAAGAGAAUAGUAAUAGUACACUAGCUAGAUAUAUUGAUAUGUUGUGUUGUGAAUGAGCUUUUGCCAUGACUUUGAUUGUUAUUACUAAUUUUUCUUUAUUUCUUGUGGUAUGGAAAAUCUCUAUCAUCAACAACAUCAGUAUUCUUCUUCUCCACAACCCAAUGGAGAAAACUUUUCCCACUACAACAAAAACGACGAGUCGUUUCUUGUACCAUAUUGGCAUUUACCUCUUGAUGAUGAACAUCACAACAACCAUGUACUAGCCACCUCCUCUGCUUUCCAAUUUUGUGGGUUUCCUUCUUCUUCUUCAUCUUCUACUUUUCCAAACGACAGUAGUUUUGGACCAGAAGAUAAAGCUGCUGCUGCUUCCAAAAGCCAUAGCCAAGCUGAGAAACGACGUCGUGACCGGAUCAAUGCUCAACUCACCACUCUUAGGAAACUAAUUCCCAAAUCUGAUAAGAUGGAUAAGGCAGCUUUAUUAGGAAGUGUGAUAGAUCACGUGAAAGAACUCAAGAGAAAAGCAGGGGAAGUAAGCAAAUAUUCAGUAGUUCCAACUGAAAUUGAUGAAAUAAUCAUAGAAAGCAAUCUUUCGGAUCAAGACUACGUAAGACUUUCCGAAGCUGGCGCUAAUAAAAACUGUGACAACGUUAAUUACAUAAAGGCCUCUGUUUGUUGUGAGGAUAGGCCUGAGUUGUUCUCUGAGCUUAUUCAAGUUUUCAAAGGGUUAAACCUCACAGCAGUUAGGGCUGAUGUAGUUAGCAUUGGUGGUAGAAUUAAGAGUGUUCUUAUUCUUAGCUCUAAAAAUAAUGAACAUGGUAAUACUAGUGUUUGUAUAAACACUCUUAAACAAUCUCUUAAACUAGUUUUAAGCAAAAUAUCUUCUUCAUCAUCUAUGGCUACAACUUGUCGUAUUAGGAGUAAGAGACAAAGGUUUUUCUUGCCUUCAUCUCAUUUUCCUCAAUAAAUUUACUAUUUAUUAUUUCUUUA